ACGUUCUACCGGGUUUACGAGUGGUCGUACAAGCUGUCUUGAAGUCGCUCUCCGAUAUGGCCAAUAUCGUGCUGCUACUACUAAUUGUUAUGUUUAUUUUCGCAAUUCUUGGAGUAACGUUUUUUGGAAGAGCGAGCAAGAGGUAUUUCGGCGAUCUGCCGACAGCUUUGUUCUCUUUAUUCAUUUGCAUUACUCAGGACGGCUGGAUGGGAGUGUUUGAAGAACUAGAGAAAGAAGGCAUGUAUGUGGCGGCAGCAGUCUACCUAGUGGCUUUCAUAAUGAUAGGAGCGUUUGUAUUCGCCAAUCUCGUCGUUGCCGUUGUGGUCACUAACCUGGAAAUAGCCGUGGAUAAACAACGUCAAGCUGAAGGCAGCAAAGUAGAGGAAGGAAAACCAGAGGGAGAGGAAAGUGACACUACUGCAACUGUCGACGUGUCUGCUAUGCUCAGCCAACACUGGCGGAGUCAACGGCCUUACGAGAUACCGGACAUGUCCAGUAAUACAAGUGUUGAAAAGUUGGAGAAUUAUUUUAUCGUUUUGUCUGCCCUGGAAGACAAUAUCUACCGAUUUAAGACACUGAAGCAAGAGCUUUCCGAAAUCAUUCACAAUGUGAAAGAGAUGAAUCCAAAGUGGGACGAGACACAUGUACAGCCAUCUCUUGCAGACAUUCCCGCGACACGUAUUUAUCGUCUUUCCACUAGUCACAGACGACCGAGCAUAGCAAUCAGGGAAGACAGGGCUGGCGAUCUGCUGUCUGAGCUGCUCGCGUUGAAUCGAGAGAAACAUAUCGAUAGCAGAAACGCAAACGCGAUGAGUGAUCUGGUCAAGCAGACCGUCUUUUAUUUAUACAGAAAAGACAGCAUCAAGCCUGCGCCCGUGACCGUAUCACGCGCCAGCAGCAAUCGUGAUCGAAAUGAUUAGAAACGAACGGCAUAAAGAUUAUGACAGAAUGUAAAGCUUGUAUGGGUCAUCUCAUAGAAAGUCCGAUGUAUCACUUGGUUAGCUAUCAUAAUCACUUUUCAAUUUACAAUUAUUUGUUGACGUUUAUUAAUUAAACUAUAGUACUGCAUGUACUAUAUUGUGACACAUGGUAUA